AUGAGAAUCCUCGAGAAGCAGGAGAACAAGCCCAUCAAGACGGUGCUGUCAGUGCAGACUGCGCCCAUGGAGGUCUACCAUGGAAUUCUCGGCAUCCGCCAGACCGAAACUGAGCGCUAUCUCACCGAGUACUUGAGUGAGCUCCCCGACUGGACUCAGGGUGGAAAGAAGAAGAUGUCAAUCCGGCGAGGAGUGGCCUUGGAUUCCUUCACCGAAGGCCCUAUGGGAGUUCAGUGCCACCUAAAGCUUCCAGAAGGUACUCAAACGGUGACCUGCAAGUUCUUGGUCGCCUGCGACGGCGGCAGAUCUACAAUCAGGCAUCAGUUGGGUUACUCCUUCGAGGGUACCACCACACCGGAGUAUUUCUUUGGCCUCGACGCCUGCUUUGAGAAUUGGGAGUUCGACUCCAAGGACGUCGUCAGUGUGUCGCUGACCCAGGACAAGGAUCCAUUGGCACCUGGGUUUGCCUUCAACAUACCCUUUGGAGAUGGUAACUGCCUACUGCUCGUGGACCUCGACCUACAGCAGCAGAAGGAUUGGGUCACAGGUGAAACGGACCGCAAUGGCUUCCCAGUGCUGCGCCAGCCGGAGGUGGAAGACGUACUCCGAGUGGCCCGAUCCCGUGGACUGGGCCAGCAGUGCUCUGUGAAACCUGGCUCGGUGAAAUGGCUGACGCAUUUCAGGGUCAACUCACGCCAGGUCGAGUGUUACGGUCGCGGCCGGGUGUUUCUGGCCGGAGAUGCGUGCCACUGCCACUCCCCCUUUGGUGGACAAGGCAUGAACAUGGGCUUCCAGGAUGCCAAAAACCUGUCUUGGAAGUUGGCUACGGCAAUCAAGUGCGGCGGUCCAACGUCUUCUCUGUUGCUCUCCUACGAAAGUGAGCGAAAGACAUUGGAGAGCAAGCUCCUCGCUGGCAUCGAACGUGGGCAAGAAGUUGUGUCCAGCCGGAACCCGCUGAUCUUCUUCAUGCGCGGCCGUGGUCAGAGGUUGGUGAACAUGUUGACCUUCCUUCAGCCGACCAUCUUGAAGACAGUCGCCCAGCAGAUGUGGUCCUACCGCACCUCCUCCUUGUCCAUGGAGCAUUGGGAGCGUCCCGUUCCAACGUGUUUCCCCAUCACGAGCAUUUGCCCUGCGGGCGGCUACCGAAGACGCCAGAACUUGCAUCGCUGGAUCAAGACGAGGGUCCAUGCUGGAGAUCGAGUUCCUGACGCAUCGCUCCCGGGCGGCAUGCGUGUACAUCAAAUUCUCAAAAGAUCGCGGGGCUGGACGCUACUGCUCUUCGAAGGCGGAGAAGAGGAGAACCUCGACAUGGAGAAGCAUUUGGGGAACAAAGUGCUGAGUUUGUCGGAGCUUGAGGCGUUCGGGGCUGGCUUCAAAUCGACGUCCGACCCCACGAAUUUCGUCCCGAUGGUCGACGAGGUGAUCUGCUUUCCGGCCCAAGACGUGGAGGCACAUCACAUCUUCGGAGUACAUGGCCAGUGCCUGUUCUUGGUCCGACCGGAUCAUUAUGUGGGUUUCCGAUGCGAGCCCUUGCGAAGAGGAGCCGUGUACCGCUACUUCCGUCUGGCUUGUGGCAUCAGCCACGGAAUGCCGGAGGAUGCCCCUGCCUCUUCGCGUGUCUUCGAUCCCCUGCCGGUGACCGUAUGGACGCUGAUCCUGCUGCUCGUGAUUUUCCUCUUCCUUUGUGCGGAGGGCAAAGAGCUGGCUUGCAGCCCGAACGAGGAAAGUGAAGCGCUGGAGACGGAGACUCGGUGGUGUCGCCUGGACCUUGUCCGCAUGACAGGGGCCCUCGGCUUGGGGGUGACCCAUUUCAACAGGUGCGCAUCGUGCUACCUUUCAGAGGCGAGGAUGAAGAAUGAGAUCGAGCAGCUCAAAGUCAAGCUGCAGAAGGUGAUGGACAACCUCAGCGAAUCCCGGAUGUGCUACCUGAAGAAGCUGUUACUGGCAUCCUCGCGGCGUGCCGCCCACAGCAUGCAGCAGAGCGACGAUGCGGACCUUGAAGGCUCUGGCGACUGGGCCGACUUGCUGCGGCCCCGACAGGCAGAGGCUGAUGAGGCUUUGCGCGUGGGCUUUUCCAUUCUCGGCGAGCCCACGCUGGUGCCCUCCAAAGGCAUCGCGGUCGGCACGGAGCCGUCUUUUGAUGCGGCGGUGCAGUCAGAUGGACCCUUGCUCGACGAGGAGGCCCUGAGUGUCCUGAGCGCCCGCGACGCGGCGCGUGUAACAGGUUUUCUGCGAGGUCUCCGCGACAUGCGCAGUGCCUUCGACGCGACCACCGUUGAGGCGCUUCUGCGUCUUCUCAAAUCGCUUCCCGCCCCGGACGGACCCAAGAUUCUGUUAAAUGCCAUCCGAGAGGAUCAGCCUGCACUUUUCGAGCGAUUGCAUGAAAGCAUGAGGUGCAAGUUCGCAUUCUCCUUGAAGCAGCUGGUUUGGUUUGCAUCUUCGCAUGCAUUCUGUCUUGCCUUGCUGCCAGGCGAGAUCGUCGCCCAGCGCGAGAAGCUGCGCCGCUUCGACGCGCUGCAGGUGCAAGAGGUUGAGCGGCUGGUGUACGAAGAGGAGCCGGUGAUGUUUUACGAGCCCCUCAAAUACCUGGACGACAGGACGAAAGGUCACGUCGCUCAGAUCAUUGAAGAGAAGUUGAAGCUGCUCCUCAAGCGAUUGGAGAUGGGUGACGCCAUCGAUUGGAACACCUUCAUGACGGCACCUGAGGAGGUGAACCUUGCGGGCCAUUCGUCUCCUCGUAGCCCAAGCUCGCGGGGCGCAAAGCCGCGGUCCAUGACCGAGAGCGCCAAGGACGACAUGGACUUCGGCAGAAAGGCAGAAGAGGCCGUGCGGCGAGAGUGCGGAAGAGCUGCUGCAGAGGAGUUGCGCAAGGCUCAAGCAUCUUUCAAUGCACAGCUCGAGGAGCUUCGGACCUCCAAACAAGCACUGGAAGGUGAGAUGUCUCAACGACUGGAAGAGAGUGAGGCGCGGCAUGCACAGACUCAGAUGAUGGUCUCGGAGUACAAGGCACGGCAUCAGCAAGCACAGGCCGAGCUUUCAUCCAUCGCAGCGGCCAUGCAGAAGGAGUUCCAGGAGAUGGAGCAACUGCCUGGAGGAGCCCCGGCCCCUGAGAUCCCUGAUCAGGCCUGCGGGCUUGCAUUCCAGCAAUUGCUUCGAAUGCAGGGCGAGGUGCGAUCCGAGCUGCAAGCCCAGCUCAAGCAGGCCUUGAACCAGCCGAGGCCGACACUGCCGGGCAGCGACAGCAAGGAAUUUACGCUGCACUCUGCCAUGCAAUGGGCGACUGUGCUUCCUGUCAUAUUUUCUCUGCUGUGGCUUCGCACGAUGGGGGGCGACGACGGGAAGCGCCCACUCUUCUUCUGGGUUAGCCCUUCGACAAAGCAGACUUUGCAGAAGGCAGCUGAGGAGGAAGAGGUCCCUUUGGCCGAGCUUUUCGAACGCUGGGUUGCACUCCGCAGCGCCGCUCAAAAAGUCGUGUUGAAGCCCGCAGACCCCGGUCAAGGCGGGGCGGAUCUCCCAACAGAGGCCGAGCUCGACCCCAGCCCUUCUGUGCCCGAGCUCCUGGAGUCCCUCACAGCAGUGCAGAAGUCUCGCUAUGUGCUCCAUGACCUCGACCUGCAGGCCCUCACGCACCUGGCAGACUCUGAUCGCCGUGCAGUGCUGACAUGGACCACAGGUGAGCGGCCGGAGUUCCUGGCAUUGGCUCAAAACUUGGCCUUGUCGGUUCAGCUGAAGGUGCCGAGCCUCUUUCCGCAUUUCUGCGUGGUGGCAAUGGACCAUGCUGCACACGAGGAGCUGACGCGUCGAGGGGUCUGCUCCCGUCGCUACACGCGCCACAUGUCCCCCUCGGGCAAAGCUGCCGAGCGCUGGGAUUUUAAGCUCCGGCUGCUGAUGACCGGACUCUAUAUCGGAUUAGAGUUGCUGGUUUUGGAUGCAGACAGCGUGCUGCUGUCUGACCCCUUCCGAGCUGUGUGGGCAGACUCAGAUUUGGAGACAGGCACAGACCAUUUCUUCCCCGAGCGAGACCUUUGGCAACCCGAGAUGAGGCCAGAGGAGAAUUUCAACACUGGGUUCCUGUACGCAAACGGGAGGCGCAAAUCGUCGACAUUGUUCUGUUUUCUGGCUCAGUUUCUAGAGCUUUUCGAAGCAACGGACCGCCUUGCUUUGCCUCGUGACUUCUUCGACCAGCGCGCUUUCAACAAGUUUGUCCUCAUGCACCUCGCCAUGGAGCCUUCCACAGUGCUCGUCCGCUAUGGAAACUCUACCGUGAUGCUUCCUUCUGGGUGGGCCCCUGAGCGGCUGGCCAUUGUCGAGAUGCUUCGACAGGGGAAGAAAGUGGGUGGUCGAUGCUCGGAGGUUACCGCAAGAAGGAAGUUGGCGCUCAGGGUGCUGGACCCCACAGAAAUCUGUCAUGGAAUGAACUACUUCUGGCGCGGUGUUCAUCUUGCGACGGACGGCGUGAAGAAGCCAGUGUUCGUGCACGCAAAUGGUGUAGAUGAGAAGAUCUACUUCAUGCGGGACAGAGGUAUUUGGUUUGUGGAUGAUUGGUCGGAGCGCUUCCCGGAGCAGAGUUCCCAGAGGUUCUUGCAAUACACACACCCUCGCGGGCAAGACCUGAAGGGAGACUUCGGUAUGGUGCUGGCAGCUCUCCAGUUGGCGCAGCUCUUGAGCCGGAUUUUGGUGCUGCCGAGAACUAUGAAUUGCGCCAACUCCCCGGCCUUUGCUGCAAAAAUGCUGCACUGGCAAGACUGCACAGUGGAUCAGUACGCUUCUGCCAAGAUCCUGUUUCGGUACUUCAACGGGACUUUGGCCGAAUCUUCUCUGGCGACACACCCUCGAUUCCUGGCUCUGGCCACGCAGAGGUGGACCGCACGGAGCAAGCCUCCGACAGACGCGUCUGUACUGAUCCUCGAGUCGGAUGUUCGGAAGACUUUGGAGCUGCUUGCCGGAGGCCAGCUGCCGAAGCUACCAUGCAAGUUCGCCUACUGGCCCGGCCGCCAAAUGGCGUGCAGAGACGAGUCGUUUCUGCACAAGGCAGGGCCGGCUGGCGUCUGUGAGCCAGGGCCUGGUCAGGAGGGAUGCGGCGUGAAAGGCUUCGCUUGCUGCGAGGUGUUCCAUGGAUGGGCAGACAAGCUGGAACUCUUCACAGGUCAUUCCUGGGCGCUUCCCUGCAACUGCGGCCUCGAUGGCCCUUGCGUGGCCUUCGAGCGGACGGAAGGCUACCCACAGCUCACAGCGAGUCACCGUUGCUGCCACGCCCGAUUUGAAGACCCGCCGAUGCUGCAGUGCAUUGACGUGGGCAGUUUCCCACCGUCAAACCCAAUGAUGGACUUCAACAGUUACAGCUCAGAUACCCUUUGGGCCUUCUCCAGCGGCCUGAUGUCACCGGCGGAUGUCUUCGAGGCAUGCCAGAGAUGGACAGAGGCAGCGUCCGUUUCGAUGGGCCUUUCCACACAGCCGCAGGACGUCGCUCGGGACUGCACUUGGACUGUCAGCACCUUCCUUCUUGACCGAGAGCGGCACGAGUUGCUGGUGCCAUGGUUGGCGCACAUGCUGGAGGUGAGGCGCCCGCUUUGGUCUACACAGAUGACACUGUCCAUGGCCACCGGGGCAGUCGAUAGCACUUCUUUCAGCUUAUGGAAGCUUCAUCAUGACAUGCAGCAACUCGACUUCCUGAUAUCGGGGCCACAGAGCAGCACUUUCCCUUCACGCUCGAGCCUGAAUCUGUCUGUGGAGUGGCUGGGCAUGGAGCUACUUCCCUUGUAUGCUGUGUUGCGGGACCAGGUGGUCCUGGAGCACGACAAAAAUGAGGUGUUCGUUCACUUUCAGAAACUGCAUGGCAUAUUCAACCGGGCCCUUCAUGUUCACUAUCCCUGGGUCGAGUCAAGUGCGAUGUUGAUGCCAACAGCUGCCAAACAGAUGAGCGCUUGGAACCAGGAGGCGGCAUUGGUCGUGGAUGAGUCAAUCCACGAAAGUGUCAGGGAAGAGGUCUACUUGUCACUCCUUUCAUCCACGAUCUGGUACGGGGUUCGGGAGGGCCGCGAAGCAGUUCUUGUGUCAGCGACCUUGAUGGACGGACUUCAUCAUCCGGCGUUGCUCGCUUUGGCCAGGGAGGUGCGUCGUUUGCUGCCCGUGCUGGCAGAAUAUCCACUGCGAGACAUUGUUGCCCGGAAAUACCAUGCAUCGAAGCCCAACCCGGGCACUGAAAUGCACUCCUGGGAUGGUGAAGUGGUGGCCUGCUUGUGGCUGCAGCCUCGUGCAUCGGCCACGGCCAUCGGCGGAGAGCUCCGAAUCCUGGAAAGCGAAGCUCCGCCAAACUGGUCCGAAGAGGAAGCUUUCGACUGGGGGCGUCCUUUCCCCGGUCCCAGCGGCGCCGUGGACGUUGACAUAACACCUCAGCCCAGGAGGCUUGCGAUCUGGCCAGGGCGGCGUUUCGUGCGAAAGCUCCCCACUGCUGAGGGCUUUGGGCCCCCAGCUCGAUACGAAGAGAGCUGGCUGGAGGAAGGCUUUCUUGAGCUACCCAACGAG